UAUUUUAUACAAAAAUGUCUGAAGUGGAACAAAAGAUUAGUGAAAUCUCCUCAACUGUGGACCAGCUCAACGGUCUCCUAAAAGGUAAGCCAAUUCGUAAUACCCCUAUAGACUGCAAUAAGUACGAAAUCGCUAAGGAUAUUAAUAUCCCAGUUGAAAAAGAAGAGAAAUCUGAAAAUGUGGAUACAGAAGAACUCCAAGCUCUUUUACAGAAGAAGGAUUACAGAAUCAAGAUGCUCCUUAGAACAAUUUCUGAACUAGAGGCUAAGCUCAAGAGCAAGGAAUAAACCUCGAUAGGAUCAAUGAAAUGU